AUGACCUCCGUCUUGUCCACCGUGCGCAGUCACUUUCCGCAGCCCGGCAUGUCAAACGAUCCUCGUUAUCAAUAUGUCGAUCUCACCAGAACUCUCUCGACUCCUCCUUCCUCUUCUUCCUCUUGCUCUUCCUCCCUCCACCAAGCCGCAAUCGCCUCGGCUUCCUCUAAUGCCAUUCCCUCUACAUCCAUACUCGCGCUAGCAGCCGCCGUCACCCCAGCAGCCACCAUCUCCACCAACACCAAUACCAACACCAAUACCAACACCAAUACCAACACCAAUACCAACACCAACACUAAUACCAACACCAACACCAACACCAUGUCCUCCGGUCCAGCCUCUUCCGAGCUCAACUCCCUCUCUCAACCCUCCCUCAUGGCUUCCUCAGCUUCCGGUUCCGAUCCCAGCACGCUCUAUUCUGCAUCUACAAUACCUACCUCUCGCGCUUUUCACUUGGCUUUGGGCGGCUAUCAUCCGGUAUCCUCAUCACUGCCAGACCUCUCAGCCUCAUGCCCGCCCGAGCGACCUUGCUUCUCCACAACCGACUUUGAUGCCGCUGCAUUUGCGCCCAUCUUUGCCUCUUCCGCCACCGAUACAACGCUAUUUGAUAGCUCAUCGGCGCCCCUCUCCUUUCCUGUUCUCCCCGCAUCGCUUCUCGAUGAGGCGCCAGAAUACGAAUACUCUGUCCACACCCGCAUGAACGUCUUUGAGGCAUCCGACUACGGCAUCCAUCUCCCUUCCUUCACCUUUGCUCACGAUGGCACUCCUAUUCUCGACAGCGCUACAGAGUAUGGUCUCUGGUCAACAGGCCUUGGCGUCGGUGCAGCUGAUCUCACUGCCUCCUCCGCUUUUGCCUAUCCCCAAGACGACCUGGCUCCCAUCCAGACACAACCAAGAACCGCCGACUUGCACAUUCCACAGUACAAGUGCAACCUUGACCUCUCCACCCGGCCUGACGAAUCCUUUGACCUCUCCACCCGGCCUGACGAAUCCUUUGACCUCUCCACCCGGCCUGACGAAUCCUUUGACCUCAGCUCCGACUCGCUUCUUGCUCCACGCAGCAACAUGCCCCUCGCACCAACCACUCACAACCCCGAUGCACUCCUCAGCGCCAAUGCUGCCAGCAUCUCCCAUUUCGCAACAGGCUCGUCCGCAGCAGCCUCAUCCGCAGCAGCCUCAUCCGCAGCAGCCUCAUCCGCAGCAGCCUCAUCCGCAGCAGCCUCAUCCGCAGCAGCCUCAUCCGCAGCAGGCUUUGCCGACAGUGCUCCCUCUCUACUUCCACCUUCAGCCAGUCAGGUGCAACAGCGACAACCACAACAGACACAGCGACUCCCACUCGAUACAGAUGACAUGUACGAUUCCCAAGCGGGUCCAUCGCGAGGCUUGCACAGGAACCGAGAUGCUCUCUCGGCCAAUAACUCUCCUUACCGCCGAAGUCGUCCUACGCUCCAGCCUCAGCGUAGCUUGGUCAACAUGGCUGCCACCUCUUGUCUCUCUCCACCUGGCUUCAACCCUGAGCUUCGACGUCUCUCGACCGGCGCAGGCCUUGGCGGCGGUGCUGCUCGAGCUCCCAGCCGCGAUCCAGUGGUGCCUAGUCAGAACGUCGGUCGCGCUCGCCUCAUGAGCUGGCAGGGCGGUCGCUCCUAUCCUGGCCAACAGGAUUGGCAGUCCAACUUGCCUGAUCCAAAUAGCGGCAUCCGUGCCGAUCCUGGCUUUGCCCAUGGCAUGCCCGAUCCCAACGGUAUCGCCAUGCUCCCUGGUGGUGCCAACGGUGGAAUGAUGCACCCCUCCCGAUCCUAUGCCCAUGGCGUCCAUCCCUCCUCCUCCUCUUCCUCCUCCUCCUCUGCCAACUUUAUCUCCCAUCACGGCAUGAACCCACAGGCAACCGACAUGAUCAACGCCCUCGGCGACGCCAUGGACGCACGCAUCGACCUCGACGGUAUUGCCAAAUGCCCCUAUCCCAACUGCAACAAGACCUUUGCCAAGAACCGUUCCUACAACCUCAAAGCUCAUCUUCGAUCCCAUUCGCAACUCAAACCUUUUGCUUGCAGUGUCUGCCCACGUGCCUUUAGCAGGAAGCAUGAUCUCGAGCGACACAGUAGGGUGCAUUCCGGUGACAAGCCUUAUGUCUGCGAAAUUUGCGGUAAAGGUUUCCCAAGGAGCGAUGCUUUGAGGAGGCAUUGGAGAGUGGAAAAAGAGUGUGGUGAUAAAGCGGCCGCCUUGGAGGCUAGUCAGAGUUUAGGCUCCGCUUUGGGUGCAGAUGGCUAUGGCGGGCACGAGAGGAGUCCAGAUCAGCAGAAUCAUCAUUAUCACUAUCCAGGGCAGCAGCAAGAGCAGCAGCAGUCGUCAAGUUCAUCGGCUGGAGGCCUCUACGCACAGCAAAUCCAGCAGCAGAGACCGCAACAGCAAUUUGCUCAGCCGAUCCAACAGCAGCAGCACUACGUCGCUCAGCGAUGGGAUCCUGCUCAACAGCAGCAGCACCACCAGCAGCAGCAGACACAACAACAGCAACAGCAGCAGCAGUUGAGACGAGCUUAA